GGGCAGUCUAGUCCUCCAGGACAAUUCCACGACCGUGUCUUGAUUCAUCACUGCAUUUCUCCAAUCACAAAAAACCCAAAAAAAAAAAAUAUAUACAUUACAUUAAGUAAAAAAACCAUCUUUGAAAAUUCAAAAGUUCCUGUAGCCAGCAGUUUUCUUUUCAACACAAUCAUCCCGGAAGAUAACAAAAUUUUCAAAGUCAAGUCCACAGCUUCUCCACCACCUCCUCCACUCUAUAUAUUCUCGAUAUGUCGAGGUGAACUUUGACUAUUCCGCUCGGUCUCUUUUUUCUCCUAAAUAUACGCUUCCCCUUUCCCAAGUUUUAUUUGGUCAAUUUUGGUUUCCUUUGUUUCUUUUUCUUCCUUCCAAAGUCCGUAUCUGUUGCUGCAAGUUUUGAUUUUCAGCUUGAUUUUGGUGCUCAAUUUUGGCUUGGGAUUGAGAAUUUUUUAUUGGGUUUUAUCAUUUUUGCUGUCUGAGUUGAACCUUUUUGUGGUUGGGUGAAUUCAUUGUGAUUUUGGUCAGCUUCUUGGUUUCAGAUUUUGGGGUCUUUUUUAACCUGAGAAUUCGCUGAAUUGGGAAUAAUUGGAUUACUGGGUUUUGGUAGGAAGAGUGGUUCUUAGUUGAUUUAGUUCGUCUGCAUUGAUUUUCAUUUGCUUUUUGUGUCGUUAAAGGGCAGGCCUUGAGUAGAUAGAAUUUUGGUGGAAUUGGGAUUCAUUUGUUUUGUUCUGUCUUCUUUGGGAAAAAGAAAUCAACUUUUGACAUGGGUUUAUGAGGAACUCAAUUGCUUGAUCAAUUUCACUGGAUUACGUUCUUUAACUUUGAUGGCUGAGUCUGUAGAAGUUUUUUGAACAGCAGAAGUAUAAGAUCGACUUAGCUUAGAUAGAUAGAUAGAUAGAGUUAAACUUGAGCUGAACUGGAUUGAAGUUGUUCGCAAUGAUGGAUGGAUCUAAUGGUGGAUCAACUGCACCAGCACCUUUUUUAACUAAGACGUAUGAGAUGGUUGAAGACCCCAUGACAAAUUCAAUUGUUUCUUGGAGUCACAGUGGUAUGAGCUUCAUUGUGUGGAAUCCACCAGAGUUUGCUCGAGAUUUGCUGCCGAAGUAUUUCAAGCACAACAACUUUUCCAGUUUUAUCAGACAACUCAAUACAUAUGGUUUUAGGAAGAGUGAUCCUGAUCAGUGGGAGUUUUUAAAUGAGGAUUUUAUAAGAGGGCAGAGGCAUCUUCUAAGGAACAUCUAUCGUCGCAAGCCAAUACACAGCCAUUCUGUGCAAGGGAAUUCUGCAGUGCCCCUAGGUAACGCAGAACGACAGUCAUUUCAGGAGGAGAUUGAGAGGCUGAAUGGGGAGAAGAAUUUGCUCCAGUCAGAGCUAGAGAGGCAUAAACAGGAGAGUAGAGAAUUUGAAACUGAAGUUAAUUCAUUGGCAGAACGCUUGAGAAAUAUAGAUAAUAGGCAGAGGCAAUUGAUGGCAUGUCUGGCUCAACUCCUUCAAAAACCUGGAUUUGCUUCUGGUCUUAUGCAACAGUCAGAAAAUCAUAAUAAAAGGAGACGAUUGUUGAUAUCAAAUUACUUAUAUGAUGAAGCUAAUAUUGGUCAGAGUCCAGUUGUAAGUUUCCAACCAGAGAACCCAAAUUUAUGUCUUCCAGUGCUAAACACAGAGCUAAUUGAGAAGCUGGAUGCAUCUGUAAAUUUUUGGGAGACAUUCCUAUAUGGAAUGUGUAGUUCCUCGGCUGAAGAAAUGUAUGGCUUCGCUUGUCUCCCGCACCCUCCACCUCUUACUAUAACUGGACCACUUGCAUCAUCUGGAGACUCUGAUGUGAAUGUCCAGCCAUGCUCAUCUAAUUCUCUUCGAUCAUCACCAUCUGGCGAAUUUCAUUCAUCUCCUGAGUUGGCUGUGUCUUCUAAUCAUGUUGAUAGUCCGGCAACCUCAUCUCCUUGUCUUGACAUGGAUUCAAGAUCUAAAUCAUCGGGAAUUGACGUGAAUACAAGCCCUGCUACCAUCAUGGAAAUUGAAACAUCGAAGGACCAAGUGGGCAGUGUGUCUGCAUCUGCACCAGCUGGGACUAAUGAUGUAUUUUGGCAACAAUUUUUAACUGAGACUCCCGGUUCCUCUGACACACAGGAGGUUCAGUCUGAGAGAAGAGAGAUUGCUGCCAGAACAAGUGAUAGUAGGUUGGCAGAUCAUCACAGAACUUGGUGGAACAAGAAUAAUGUAGAAAACUUAACAGAACAGAUGGGCCACCUCACUCCAGCUGAAAAAACAUGAAGCGCACCAAUUUGCUCCAAGAUAACGCAGUUCUCUGGCUGGGUUUCUAACAAACUGACAAUGAGGUAACGGGCAUUGGGAUCAGACUUGAUAAAUAGCAUUCCCCUUUUCAGGAUGUGGUAGUGGUACAUAUUAGGUACACGUGGUUUUGGUCUUUCAUUUUCUUGUGUAUACUUGCAUUCAGAGUUUUGGUCCUGUAUGAUAUGAGGGCAAGUGUUUUGCUUCUUAAAUUUCUCCUUGAUGUACUUUUGCUUAUCUUCCUGCUUUCUUUUGAUGUUUUUCACGGUCUUCCACUCCUAAUGAAGGGGCUGCGUAUUGUCUGUAAUCUCUUAGAAUGAAUAAAUUUUGAGCUAGUUUUUAUGCUUCCA